AUGAGCACCCCGCUUUGGAGAAGUACAGGGGCCGCUGGAUUUGCGCAUAGACGCGGAUUUCAGCUUCACGGGCGAUCUCGGCGAGGACCCGUUCUGCAUGAUGGCGAGAUCCGGACGCAAGUUCAUGUGGCAGACACGCAAGGAUCGGAGAUCGCGAAUAGACUCUGCUCGGAGGGCCUCUGGGAGUGGUUCGAGGAGUACCAGCAGACCCACGGACUGUCACCACAGGACCCCACUUUCUGGAAGGCCGAGGGGGCGACGGUGAACUACGUGGGCUACGCAGGCAUGGGGGAUCUGGACUUCUUCAGGUCCGAGCGAGUCCGCAGCCUGGCACAGGCGCUGAACGAGGACGGACGCAUCUACCUGAACAGGUGGUCGGAUCAGACGUACUACGUCCUCCUUUUCGCCCUCUUUGAAAACCACUCCGCCGUUGGCGACAUCGGCUUUAGGUGGCCAGAGAGCGCGUGGUGCCAUAAGUGCAGUCUCAACGAAACCAAGCUGGGCUAG